GUCGAAGGUAGAGUACAAAAACAUCAUCGCAAUACUUGUACAAAGAAUAGCCUAAAAUAUGCAUCGAGGAAGACUACUUUUGUGAAUCAAAGGCAUGCACAGUAAGAAAAAACGAAAAAUCUGGAAAAAAAACAAGUCUCUCUCCCCUGAAAAGAAGAUUCAGAGCGUUCUGCAGGAGCAGUAAUUGGAAACGAGGAGCAGCCGUCCAGUCGCAGUCCACCCCUCUCCCCACAUUAACCCACCUGCACAGAUUGGUGAGGUGUUUUUGUGUAUCGACCCAUACCCCCCACCCCCACCCACCCAUCUGUUGCCCUCUCACUUUCAUUCCACAGUCUCUUUUUUCACAAUACUGGAAAUAAUUCAUUCAUCCCCAACUGCCCACACUCCCAUUUCAGGCCCAUUGUUUUUCCAAGGUUUUCUUGAACUUUCAUGGCUUCCCUUCCCUCUCUUCUUUCUUCUCGCCAUCCCACACUUUUCUCCCUUUGCUCGUUUAGGAAUCUUUAUGUUUUCUAGCUGUAGUGAUGCGAAAUCCGGAGUAGAUUAUACUGCGUGAUUCCCACGGAUUCAGCCAUUUUCUUCAACCCAGUUAUGCAUUAAGACCCAUCUUUUUGUUGCACCUUUUCAGCUUCAAUUUCCUGCAGUUCUAAAUCUUUUAAUUGUUCCUAGCCUGAUUUCUCGUUUCCUUUUUGUUCUUUUCUAGACUAGAUGCUUUUCUUCAGCUCUUUAGCAGACAAAACAUAUGCUACAACGCUUUAUGCCUCUUCAUUUUUCAGAUCAUUUCCAUUUGAGUGAUUCCAGAUUAGUUUGUUUAUUUAAUUUUUAAAUUUUUUCUUUUCUUUUCUGGAUUUCCAAUAUGGUAAUGCUAUUCUGCUCGUGUGAUUUUGGAAUCUUGCAAGCUUUCAGGUGUGGGUAACAGAAAAUAUUUUGAUAUCUGAUGUGGGCUGGGUUCAACUUUUGAGUCAUUUCGAAGAUUUGUUGGCUUCUUUAGCAUUUCUGGGGGAUUAGCUGAUUGGGUUGAAGUGUUGGAAAUUGGUGACAUUCUUUAAGCAACAAUGAGUAAUCACCUGGAAGUGAAGGGAAAACUUGGUAAAGGUUCGGAUGCUGUUGCAGAGAAGGUCAUGGUUGCUGUGAAGGCAUCAAAAGAAAUACCCAAAUCUGCUCUUCUUUGGGCUUUAACACAUGUGGUUCAACCUGGUGAUUGCAUUACACUUCUUGUGGUUGUCCCUUCUAACACUUCUGGUAGAAAAUGGGGGUUCCCAAGGUUUGCUGGAGACUGCGCCAGUGGCCAUAGAAAGUCACACUCUGGAGCUAAUUCUGAAGAAAAAUCUGACAUAACUGAUUCUUGCUCCCAGAUGAUACUUCAACUCCAUAAUGUUUAUGACCCAAACAAGGUAAAUGUGAAAAUCAAAAUUGUUUCUGGCACACAAUGUGGGGUUGUGGCCAAUGAGGCAAGGAGGAUCCGUGCUAAUUGGGUUGUUCUGGAAAAGCACUUGAAGCAUGAGGAAAAGCGAUGUUUGGAAGAACUGCAUUGCAAUAUUGUAGUUAUGAAGCGAUCCCAUCCGAAAGUUCUUCGCCUUAAUUUAGUCGGAUCACCCAAAAAGGCAUCUGAUGCUCCCAUUUUGAUAUCUACUACAGAGAAGAAAUCUGAAGCGUGUGAAAAACAUGAAGUGCACAAGAAUGAUUCAUUAGAUUCAACCUGUGGUCAACUUGUUACUCCAACUAGUAGUCCAGAGAUCUUCACUGCAACUGAGGUUGGUACAUCCUCUGUUUCCAGUUCUGAACCUGGAACAUCUCCAUUUUUCAAUGCUGAAGUAAGCAGAGAUAUGAAGAAAGAAGAAACGUUAGCCAAAAAUGAUGCCCAAAAUGGCAGUGAGUCAAGCUCAGACAGUGACAAUGAAAAUUUGUCCACUUGCUCAAGUUUAAGGUUUCCGCCAUGGAUGUCAGACAUUGUCAGCCCACACUCUACUAGACUUGCUCAGACUCCCACAACAAAGGCAAUGUCUGAAAAGUUCUCCAAACUCAAUGAAGAAGUUAACCAUGACAUGGACUUCAGUGGAAGUGUAAGAGAAGCAGUUUCAUUAUCCAAAAGUGUGCCACUUGGCUCUCCUCCGUUAUGUUCUAUCUGCCAACAUAAAGCGCCUGUCUUUGGGAAACCUCCCAAGUGGUUCAGCUAUUCUGAGCUGGAAAUUGCAACAUGUGGAUUUUCCCAAUCUAAUUUUUUGGCUGAGGGUGGGUUUGGAUCUGUUCAUAAAGGAGUUCUCUCAGACGGACAGGUAGUUGCUGUGAAGCAGCAUAAAUUAGCAAGCUCUCAAGGGGAUCAGGAGUUUUGCUCAGAAGUUGAAGUUCUUAGCUGUGCUCAACACCGUAAUGUUGUUAUGCUGAUUGGGUUCUGUAUAGAAGAUAGCAGAAGAUUGUUGGUCUAUGAGUAUAUCUGCAAUGGAUCAUUAGACUCCCAUCUUUAUGGACGUAAUAGGGAUCCCUUGAAAUGGUCUGCUCGCCAAAAAAUUGCAGUUGGGGCGGCAAGAGGAUUGCGGUACCUUCAUGAGGAGUGUAGAGUGGGAUGCAUUGUUCAUCGAGACAUGCGUCCUAACAACAUUCUUAUCACCCAUGACUUCGAACCUCUGGUUGGGGACUUUGGCUUAGCCAGGUGGCAACCUGACGGAGACAUGGGUGUUGAAACACGAGUAAUUGGAACAUUUGGGUACUUGGCUCCUGAGUAUACUCAAAGUGGACAGAUAACAGAAAAGGCUGAUGUCUACUCAUUUGGAGUGGUACUUGUAGAGCUUGUAACUGGCCGAAAAGCAGUGGAUCUCAACAGACCCAAGGGGCAGCAGUGCCUUGUCGAAUGGGCACGCCCGUUGUUGGAAGAAUAUGGGAUUGAAGAAUUAAUAGAUCCAAGGAUACAGAACUGUUAUGACAAACAAGAAGUUCAUUGUAUGUUGCAUGCUGCAUCCUUGUGCAUACGCAGGGACCCCCACUCAAGGCCAAGAAUGUCUCAGGUGCUUCGGAUUCUUGAAGGGGACCUUAUAAUGGAAACGGGUCACAUGUCAACCCUGGGGCAUGAUGUGGGCAGCCGGAGCAGCAGAUUUUUGUCUGGCACAUCGCCAAAAUAUCAAAGAUGUAGUGGGAGGUCAUUGGAGAAUGAGGUGAUGGUAGGGUUCAAUACUAAAGCUCGCAUACGAAAGGAGGCUCCCUAGCUGAUGAUGGGAGGAUAUGAAUCGAGCAGGAAGUUUUGCUUCUGUACAGAAUUGAUGGUGGUGGUGGUAUUGUUUUGUAUAAUUCCACAGCAAAUAGGGCCUUUCCUUGCCAACGAUGAAGGCGGAAAUACAUAUUGUUUGUUAUCAAGGAAACCGGGAACUGAAUCACUACCCUAGUUGUAGUGUUUAACACAUCCAUGAAUGUUGAGCUUUUGUUGAUUUUGAUGAAACAUGCCAAGAGUUGAUGAAGGAAAUGUACAAGUAAUGGUCUGGUUUUUUUAAAUGCUUCCAUCCUAUUUUAUAACAGCCGAGUUGUCAAGGGGGCAGGGGGCAAUAGACCCGUGUUAUCUUAUAUAAAUGGUAGUUUCAUA